AAAUUUUACAUUUGAAUUGUGUACACGUUGGAAAGAAAACAGUCACCAGAAUGGCAGAUGUCACAAACGUCUUCAAAGCAACAGUCAAAGCGUUACGAACCAGAAAGAAAGCAACGGGAGAUGUUACCAAAAAUUCUCAAACGUUUACUAACAUUUUACCCUCAUCAAAACUUAAAGGAGAUUUUGAGAAGAAAAGCAAAGAAGUCGUACAGAGUAUCUCAAAGCUGAAGGACUUCUUGAUGGAACAUAGGAAGGCAUACGUUAGCACUGGCAGUCACCUUAGUGCAGAAACCUCAACAAUGACAGACUCAGAACGUGAUCAAAUCGAUGAGGAGGCAGAAAAAGUUAUUCAUAUGUGUCAAACAUCAGUGGCCCUGAUUAAAAAUUUAAAUGGAAGUCAAUACUCUCAGGUUAAGGAGCAUAGGACAGCAGUCAUAAGACUUAUAGAGGAUUAUCUCAAAGGGGUUUGUAAAGUAUACAGUGAACAGAGAGCAGUGAGAGUGAAGAGAGUGGUGGACAGGAAGAGACUAUCAAAGCUUGAACCUGACAAGUUGUUCAAGCAGAGAAGAGCCAAUAAGCAGUCACCUUCCUCAGAAAAUACCAACCAGUCCAGUCGACAAGACCAGUCAACCUCAGAAGGUGACAGGUCCCCAACAAAAUCAAAGAAAGCGAGGCCAGAAGAAAAAAUGGAAGAAGAAGAGGAAAUUUCAACGGAGGAGGCGCAAAUGUUUGAAAGAGAAAAUGCUGCACUGUUUGAGGAGAUGAGCAGUGUCUCUGAAGAAGUGGGACAAAUCGAGGGUAAAGUAAUGGAAAUUGCCAAGCUUCAGGAAACUUUCACAGAGAAAGUGUUAGAACAGGAGAAAGAUAUUGACAGAAUUGAACAAGUUGUUGUUGGCUCGACAGAAAACAUUAAAGAAGGCAAUGAAGAAAUUAGACAGGCGAUGAAGAACAGUGCUGGUUUCCGGGUGUACAUUUUAUUUUUUCUUCUUCUCCUUACGCUGUCCUUACUCUUCCUGGACUGGUACAACGGCUAACAAACGGAGGCAAUUCAGACUCGAGACUUAUAAGGGAGACAAUCAAAUCCCUUUAGUUUAAAUGUCAGACAGAGGGCUCAACAACAGUCUAACAGUAAAUGAUGCGGGAAAUGUGCAAUUAUUGAUGGAGAUAUUUUUAGUUGAUUCUCUUUGCACUGUUUCAUCAGCUUAGUGUCCCUUGUUCGUGUUUAGCAAAUUGCUAGCUAUAAGUUGAUCCUUGUUGAGUUAAGUUUGCACUGGGUAUUUAUUUAAUUAUGCUAGUAGUUUAAAAAAGAGCUGACAUGUUAUAAAUU